AUGCCGCCGGCGCCAGGAGGCAAUUCACACGCCUUGCCGAGCUCGCGCUCCCGCAGCGCCUUCGAGCCGCUGAGAGAAGCGCAAGAUGGGGAGCCCGUAAUGGGCUACAGCGCAGUGCCCGUUGAUGGUGAUUGGCGUGAUCCAUACGACAUAUACGAUCAACCGGUAGACAAUGACGAUUCUUCUGAAACCUCGUCGCGCUUGCGAAGUGGCCACGGAAAGGCUCAUGAAGUCUUACCGACAAAUGUGCAAGAAGUGUCUAGCCCUGCAAACUGGCAAUCAUCAUGGCGGCCGUUCUAUCUUCAGCGGGUGGUUCUUCUUGGCUUCCUGGUUGUGAUGGCCAUCAUGGUAAUAGCGCUUGAGGUCAUGUUCUCAUUAUCGGUCAGGAGACAAGGCCUUGUUCCAGCUCAAUCGAACUUGCGCUACCUGUGGACGUACGGCCCUACGACAGUCAUUGUUAUACUAGGGGCGUUCUGGGGACGCGUCGAAUACGAAACACAGUUGACAGCACCAUGGCUGAGAAUGGAGAAAGACGGCAAGACCAGCGACGCUCUGCUACUCGACUAUAUCAACAUGUUCUCUCUAUCUGUGCCAUUUCGGGCCAUAAAGAAACGAGACUUCAAGGUAGCUGCUGCGUCAACAAUAUCAUUUCUACUGGUCGUGGAAGCCGUUAUAUCGACAGCACUCUUCACGCUUUCUCCGACUCAGUUUCCGGGCACCUCGGUGCCAGUUUUUAUGAACACGCAAUUCGACGACGACCCGGCUAAACUUCAGAAUCCUUCCGAGCUUCCCUUCUUCGGAAUUUUGGGGCUGACGCUCGACAAUAUGUCGUAUCCCGAAGGAUGUUCGGAGGUCUACGCCUACCAGACUUUCAACUCCACCGAGCCGAGCGCCCUCGACAUCACUGCAGUGGUCGACGGCCUGUCUUUGGAGCUCGACUGUCAAGAGUCGGACUCAGCGCUCGCUGGCAUCGAGUACGGCCGACUUUUCCAGGAAUCGAGCUUCAAGAUGUGGGAAGUGGAUUGGUCAAAGAUGCAAAUCAACCAUGAUGGUUGCCGCGCGAAUCUCAGCCUAGACACGUCGAUGUUAAUACCCUCAAUGGAUCCUAGCAAGGCAGAAGGCACCACGGGCUCACGACACAUCAUGUGGCUAGGGUCGCUCCGUGGCUUUGGAACAGGCCAAUGUGGAUCUACCGAUCCAGAUUCCAACCGUCUGCUACUCAUGUCCGCGAAGCUCGACUACAUGUACUACAAUGUGACGAACACAACAUGGGCUGGCAAUGCUGGUAACGAUGUCCAUAUGAAGACCCUGAACAUCAGCUCCACUUCUCUAUUCUGCGCUCCUCGAUUCAACAUGGUCUCACUAGCCGUGACGAAGAAUUCCACGGGAAUCCAAGACAUCUCGAUGCCACUGAAUACAUCCUCCAAAUCCAUUUCGAACGUCCAUCCGUGGGUCGUUGUCCAAGAUCAUCUCAAGACCGUCCCUCGCGGCAUAUUCAGCGCCACCCCGCCAGUGAUGGUUGGCAAUACAAAGGUUUUUGGAAACGAUUAUUUUGAUGCGGUCAUGAGAACAUGCGGAGAUGACUGUAACGGAGAGUCAGCUCUCCUAGAUGGUGCGUUGUUGCAGCGUUAUUUGGUCAAGCACUAUCAGCAGUAUGCAGCGUUUUUGUUUCACCAAUCUUUCAAGAGCCCGGCGGAAAUCACCGCCAGUGGGACGGCUACCACGGUCACAAAUCGUCUGAAGGUCCAGUCUCUUGCGUGCCAUCUGAUGGUUGGUUUAUUUGUUCUGAUCAUGGCGAUUCUUGUUGGAUUCAUCAUUUCCAUGCCGACCAACAUUUUCUUUCCCUUAGAGCCUGGGUCAAUCAUCAGUUAUGUCAUUGUUUCUGCACUUGCCUUGAUAGGAACUCCUCCAAGCCAUGUAGGAGGAGCGAGCAAAGAAGGAAUGGCGAAGGAAAUUCGUUCAUGGCUAGGGGAGCCGGAGAAACAAGGUGCCGGAUUCUUCGAAAAAAGGGAAGAGCAGCUUACAACCACGGGACACCUUAUAAGUGGGACACCAAAGUUUCGCUUUCCUACGGCACUUCGCCCUUAUACUCGUGGUCCAGUCUACUUGUUCAUGCUGGGAUGUGUGGCGACGCUCGAGGCUACGCUUCAUCUGUCAUGGAAGAAUCAAGGUUUAGGAUAUGUCCCAGAUGAAACAUAUCUCCACUACGCGUGGACAACUCUUCCGGCUGUGGUUCUCAGCAUUUUGGGGCUGUUCAUGUCCUCAGUCGACAUCCAGUCUAGGAUCCUAGUUCCCUAUCACGCCUUGUCACGUGGCGCGUGGUUCGACUAUCUUAACCUGGACCUUCUACGCCCUUUACUUCCAAUGGCUUUGGUUCAGGAAUUUCGAAUCAAGAAUUUUGCUGCAUUCAUGGGGACUAUAGCUGCGCUGAUCGCAUCAAAGUUCACGAUCGGCUCAGCGUCGCUGUUCCACGCCGAGGUAUUUGCAGCUUCGGGCUCAGCAACUCUACGAUCAACCAGCACCAUUGUAGUGGAUCAUUUGUACAACCUGGAUGGUGUCAUCUCCACAAGUAACUUGUAUACUACCGCCUUGGUCCUAGGCAGCAAUCUGUCUUACACGCCAUUAAUCUACGAAGACCUCCUGAUUCCUUCGUUGACAUUGGAUAAAGACCUGGCGAUUACUUCAGUUCCAUCACAGAACCUGUCAUCUCUGAUCGUCCAAGCUACUGUUCCUGCACUGAGACCUGGAAUGAACUGUUCUCUCUAUCCGACGUCGUCCAUAUCGACUGGAGAGUUCCGGAACCGGCAAAUUAACCAAAUAUCAGUUGCCACAUACGAAGGCAUCUCUGUCAAUAUCACGGGACAACAAUGCUCGUGGCAAUUCGCGAGUGGCAACUGGCAGGCAUAUACGAACAACACAGCAACGUUUGCCAAAAACUUGACAAGCGAGUUCUACUUUGGCUCGGGAACCUUUAACGACGGCGUUGCUGUCGUUCCGUGCAGUGACGAUGUCCUGUACAUAUGGGGGCAGUAUCCGGGCCCGGGAGUCUCAUCGCCUGUCUCUAUCUCGGCCAUGGGAUGUAAUAGAACAGCCGAGAGUGUGGAUGUUGAGGUUACAUAUGUUGGCGCCGACCUCCAACUUGAUCCUGCGAACCCGCCUCGCCCCCUCGAGGCAACGGCAAAGAUGAUCCCUGGCCGGUUCAACAUUUCGGAUGGUGGAGAUGACAUCUUCGGCGUAUAUUACGGCAACCUUGCAUCACUGACCCCCCCGAACGACACGCUCUUUGAUGAGUUCUUUGGCCAGCUUGUCACGUCUCGCUACGCUAUUCCACUGACCUCGCUCAAGGAUGCAUCACAGGCUGAGGCUGUCAAAGAUGCGAUCAUGUUCCAGCAUGGUGUCUAUGCGGCACAGUACAUUGAUAUGCGGCACCGUGUCGCCCUCAACUCAUCUCUCACCGUGUUCCCUGCCUUGUCAUCUGCCGCGGCUGGCAGCGACACCGGCGUGUACAAUGCCACGAUCACCAAUCCCUGGGGCAGCUCGCGGAUCGUGCAAGACGAAGUGGGCACACGGAUCCUGGAGGUACUCCUACUCAUCGCCUUGGUCUUGUCAGCCUUGAGCUGGGCUCUGGGCCCUUGGAAGCCAGUCCUGCCUCGGAGUCCGACAAACAUCGCGAGCGUGCUGGCGCUGCUCUCUGGCGGCGACCUCCUGGAACACUUGCACGGCCAGGACAGUAUGAAGGAAUGGCACAACCUCGAAGAACUACGUGCAGUCUUGGGCGACGAGAGUCGAUUCUGGGUAGGGAUGGGCCCGCCUAAAUCCGAUGGCGAGAAGAGAUUUGGGAUAUGGCUGACCUGA